AUGGCUAACAUUACAAGUGUCGCAAGCGUCUGUUGCCUCACAUUGUCCCUUUUGCUGAAGGAAAAGGUGAUUUUUCCGGGAGUUGACGCAUAUGCGGCUUCCCUAAUGUCCUACUUUACCUUGCAGCAAACGAGUAUACAUCCUGAAUGCAUAGUUUCCCCCACGACGACUGAUGACGUUUCAAUAACCGUGAAGGUUCUCACUAGCGGUACCUCUCUAAGUCCAGUCUGCCCAUUUGCUGUCCGGUCUGGCGGGCAUUCAACCUUUACUGGAGCAUCCAACAUCCAAGGGGGGGUUACAAUCGAUUUAAGGGGUCUAGACGCCAUUACUAAGAACCGAAACGGUUCUAUGGUAUCUGUUGGAGCUGGUGCGACUUGGGGCUCUGUGUAUGCUUAUCUCGACAACUAUAAUCUUAGCGUUGUAGGCGGCCGGACUUCGAGUGUCGGCGUAGCAGGUCUGAGUCUCGGUGGUGGUAUUUCCUACUUUGGCCCGCGCUACGGAUGGACUUGUGACACAGUCAUCAAUUUCGAGACGGUUCUUGCCAACGGGUCGGUCAUUAACGCCAAUGAGAAUGAACAUCCGGACCUUUUAUCGGCCCUGCGCGGAGGCGGGAACAAUUUUGGCAUAGUCACCCGGGUUGAUAUGCAAUCCUUCCGGCAGGGCAGUCUCUGGGGGGGCAACGUCCAACUCUCCAUGUCUACACACGAUGAAGAGAUCGCCGCUCUUGCCGAGUUUAGCACCCGUCCUACUUAUGAUGAGAACUCAUCACUGAUAGGUACCUUUGGGUACAGUGGAAACACGUCAUUCAUUAUCAAUAGCAUGGAGUAUACGAAGGAUGAGGCGAAUCCUGCUGCAUUCCAGCAGCUCCUCAAGAUCCCAUCGCUGAGCAGCACGCUGAGGACUACCAAUAUGACGGAUCUGUCAGCCGAGACGGAAAUGUUACAGGCUAAUGGGAUGCGUGCUGCGUACGCCACAGUUACAAUUAGCCCCACGGUUGAGGCUAUCAACGCAACCGUGGGGGUUUGGAAUGCCAGUGUGAGCUCCAUUCGGGAUAUUCCGGGUAUUGUAUGGAGUGUGGUAUUCGAGCCACUUCCGCCGGUCAUCUAUGCUCGACAUGCCAAGAAUAACGCGCUCGGUUUAGAUGAAAAGCAAAACAAGCCUCUAAUGGUGAUAUUACUAAGCAUCACUUGGUCUGAAAGUGAUGAUGAUGGGAGAGUCAGUACAGCAAUGAGAGCCUUGAUAAAGGAUAUCAAGCAGGAAGUGGGAGGGCUUGGUGAUCUGGAUCCGUUUCUUUACCUCAAUUAUGCUGCGGCGUGGCAGGAUCCAAUCGCAAGCUAUGGGCAAGCCAGUGCCGAGAUGUUGGAUAAGGUGCAGAGAGAGUAUGAUCCUAAAGGCGUUUUCGCCAAUUAUGUCCCGGGUUUUAAGAUUCCCAAAUGA